CGGUUACGGCCUACGUCAUCCCCAUCUCCUUCCCCUCUCCAAUCUCCAAAAAAACAAGAAACGUCUCCUCGCCUCUUUCCUGUCUACGCAGUGUUCUAUAAUAGGAAAGGAAUCUUCCUUUCUUUCUCUCUCUAGAAUCUAGAGAGAGAAAGGUGUGCGCCAUGGGGGAGAAGGUACAGAAUGAUAAAGAUGGCGUAUCGUACGAUACGAAUACGACGCCCCGGGAAGGAGUCGUAGAGGGUAUGCCUUUGUUUGCUAAAGAGCUGAUCGCCGGUGGUGUCGCCGGAGGAGUCGCGAAAACAAUUGUUGCUCCUCUUGAGCGCGUCAAGAUCUUGUUUCAGACUAGAAGCGACUUUCACAAUAUAGGAUUGUUAGCAUCUUUUAGAAGGAUUGCAAAGACAGAAGGCCUUUUCGGGUUUUACAGAGGAAAUGGAGCUAGUGUUGCGAGAAUUGUUCCUUAUGCAGCCUUACAUUAUAUGGCAUAUGAACAAUAUAGAAGACAUAUUGACUUUAACUUUCCUGGAAUGGGAAGUGGUCCAGUUGUUGAUCUGUUAGCAGGAUCAUUAUCUGGAGGAACUGCUGUUCUUUUUACUUAUCCACUUGAUUUAGUUAGAACCAAAUUGGCUUACCAGGUUGUGGAUACUCCCAAAUUGAACAUAAAAGAAGCCAUGAGUAGCGAACAUGCAUUCAGAGGAAUUAGGGAUUGUUUUUCAAGAACUUAUAGAGAUGCUGGGAUUAGAGGGUUGUAUCGUGGUGUUGCUCCAUCACUCUAUGGAAUCUUUCCUUACUCGGGUUUGAAGUUUUACUUCUAUGAGAAAAUGAAAAGCCAUGUCCCCGGUGAUUACAGAAAGAACAUGAUGGUCAAACUUGCUUGUGGGUCCGUUGCUGGUUUACUUGGUCAAACUUUCACUUACCCUUUGGAUGUUGUCAGACGCCAAAUGCAGGUUCAACGUCUACAAGGCUCAAGCUCACAACUGAAAGGAACAAUGGGAACGCUUGUUAUGAUUGUCCAAAAAGAAGGAUGGAAACAUUUAUUUUCAGGAUUGAGCAUCAACUAUCUCAAGGUGGUGCCUUCAGUUGCAAUUGGAUUUACAGUCUAUGACACCAUGAAAGUAUAUUUAAAGGUCCCACCACGAGAAAAAGUCAUUGUUGAAAUGGCCACAAACAAAAGAGAGACACAAACAACAACCUUGCCCUCAUCACAAUAAUUACAAUUUUAACCUGGUAUUCUUUUUUCUAAUUAGUUUUAAGGUAAUUGAAAAUUGUAUAUUUGAUUCUUUUGUAAUCUAGCCUAGGUUCUAUUCCAAUGUAUAGGCACAACUAUCCUAUCCCCUCUCUGCAAUGAUUUGAGGGUGAGCUAAUAAUCCCUGAGAUUGAGAAUAAUCCAGGGCUAUAUAUAUAUAUAUAUAUAUAUAUAUAUAUAUAUAUAUAUAUAUAUAUAUAUAUAUAUAUAUGUCAA